AUGUCUACAGCAAACUUCUACAAUGAUGAAUCGUUCAACUUAUUCUCAGGAAACGAUUACAAGUCCGAUGGCUUAGACUUCUCGCAAAUCAAUUACUCAUACCUCAAUCUUGACCUGGAUGGAUUCGGUGGAUACAACUCCAUGGAUUACCUACAGUCAAACUACGAUUCCUCACAUUAUGACCCGACACAACACUAUGAAACAGGACAUUACGAAAGCUCACAGUAUGAUACCACACAUUUUGAUACGGGACACUACGAUACAUCAAGCUAUAUGAGUCCCCAUCUGGAUAAUGUUCUGUCAGAGCCAGUGAAGCCGUUCCAUACAGAUUACGUAAACUGUGAGUCAUUUUCAACAAGAUACACGGAUGGCUCAUUUGAAGAAUGCCCACAAGGACUCGGAUAUAGCAUGGACUCACUGACAGAGUCGAUGCUGAAGCAGUUGGAUACACCAAGACUGGCACCAUCAAGUAAUGAAACUGAUAUACCAGACAGCUUAAAAUUGAGUUCACUGGACCCACAAAUGGUUCGACGCCUGUAUGAUACGUGUGUUAGCCUGAACUCAGACACGGAUUCCUCACCGGACUUAAACGGAAUGAAAAAAGAAAGAUUAAGAGCGGGAAGAAGAGGAAGACGUAGACCGGAGAAAGGUGUAACACCAGUGAGAACAUUUACACAGCCGAGGAGCCCAUCGAUUAAACCAGCAGCUAAAACAAGACCAGUGGCAAGAACAGGAUUCGGAGGUUUAAACUACUCAUGGCUUAAGGAUUCAUUUUUUAAUUGCCAAAUCCUGGGCAACGUAGCAUCAAUAGCGCAGGACCAAACAGGCUGCCGAAUGUUACAGCGUCAACUUGAAUGCAAUGACACAGUAUUCACAACAGCAGUUCUGGGAGAGGUCUUGGAUAACCUGUUCCUGCUAAUGACUGACCCAUUCGGCAACUAUUUGUGCCAGAAGCUGAUGAGUGUGUGUGACUCUGAGCAGCUGGGCCAGAUUAUAACAGCGUGCGAGCCGCAGUUCAUACCGAUCUGCCUGAAUAUGCAUGGGACUAGGGCAAUUCAGAAGUUAAUUGAGGUGGUUUCAGGCACUAACGUGGGUAGAAUAACUGCUAUUUUAUCGGCAGGAGUAGUGGAGUUAAUCAACGACUUGAACGGUAACCACGUGAUACAGAAGUGUCUGGUAGCCCUGAGUAGUGAUGAGUGUGAGUUUAUCUACAAGGCGAUGAACGAGCACUGUGUUGGCUUAGCAACUCAUAGACACGGCUGCUGUGUUAUGCAGAGGUGUAUUGAUGCAGCAAGUGUGCCCCAGCGAGCAAGGCUAGUGGACACAAUUGCAGCCAAGACCCUAGAGUUGGUUGAGGACGCGUACGGAAACUACGUUAUUCAGUAUGUGCUUCGGCUCAGAGACGACGCAGUUAAUGCGAGAAUCGUAGCCCUUCUCUGCGAAGACCUCACACGCUUCUCUAAACAUAAGUUUAGCUCAAAUGUGGUCGAGCGCUGUCUCAUCUUCUGUCCCUCAUCGGUGAGGAGUAACUUAGUUUCCAGGUUCCUGAACUUACCCUUCACAGUUUUGCAUGAUUUAAUAUUGGAUCCGUUCGGUAACUACGUGAUUCAGAGAGUGCUGAAUGUUGCGCAGCCUGACGAGUUGGCACAAUUGCUAGACAUAAUACAGCCUCACUUGGAGGAGCUGAAGCUGGUUUCAUCUGGUAAACGCAUUGCCGCCAAGAUCUCACGCAAAUCCUCAUCGCUCAGCGAUGCCACAAAUACACAUAAUUACAUUAAUAGUAACUACGUUGCUGGUAAUGGAAAUAAUUCCAAUUAUGUAAGUGGUAGCACUAGCACUUUUAACUCUAGUAAUAGUAUUGAUUCUACUACUAGCGUUGACUCGGUUAAUAGUGUUAAUUCCAUAACUAGUGUAAAUGGAAUGGGUUCAGAAGGUUUUAUAGAUUCUAUGAACUCUAGUGUGAAUGCUAAUGCUAGUGGAGUGACUAAUGUAGCUGGAGUUUCUAGUGUAACGGGUGUUUCUAAUGUUAGUCCAGUCCAAGAUUAUAGUCUAUGUCCGGGCAAUUUGUGUAAUGAUUAUCCAUCUUUAUAUAGUGGUGAGGUAAGCAAUGAGAAAGUAGGAUCAAAGCCCAAAUUGAAUCAAGGUUCAUACAGUCAAGUGAUGCACCGUCUUAAAACCGGAAAAGAUUACAUAAUUAACCUGAUUACCCAAGAUAGUGACAACACUACCGAUACCACUAUUGAUAAGGAUAAGGAUACUACUGAUACAGCGGAUACCAGUAAUACCGUCAAUAGUGAAACUACUGGUAACAUGGAUAGUUGUAAUACAUCUGAAUCAAUUAAUAUUGGUAUGGAGGAGUUGAGCAUGGAGUUUCCAAGUUUGGGUUCUGAGAAGUUCAAAGAUGAUCCCUUGGUAAGGGACUUCUGUGGCAUUUUCAAUACUGGAUAUGAAGAUCAUUAUAAACAAUCUUAUAAAAUAUGGUCCAAUCUAUGA